AUGUUAGGUGGCACCGGAGCCAUUGAGGUUGUAAAUCAAUACGCGACACACGUGGCUGCUGAUAGCCGCCAUUGCUCAGAGAGGUUUGAGGAACUGUUCCAGGAGUUUUUGAAAAACUUGAAAGCUGCGGGAUACCCUCUUGAUUUUAUGUUUGACCAGUCAUGCGAAGAUCCAGUUGUUCUGCGGGUCAGAGAUAGCUACUGGGAGUUACUUCAUUGUUUCAAGUCAGAGAUCAGAUAUAACAAUCGUAGGAAACGAAAACGAGACCAGGACUGUCAGGGGUAA